GCGAAUUACCGCGCUGUUAUACAUGUGGUCCGCUGUGAAAUGCUUUCGGAUUAAAUUCGCAGCCAACUGAGCAGCUUUGAGCUAAUUUUGGGAUAUAUUAUUUUAUUUGAUAAUGUCCUCAACUGCUGCUGUUAUCCCAAACGUUGCGUAUCACCUACCCAAGCGCGUAGAUGGGAGCUUCAAGUCUUCGACAUCAACGAAUGGCAUCAGUUUGUAUUCCAGCUUGUCGGAGUCGGAAAACAACUCAUGCGAUCCAGUGAAUAAGCCGUCAACUUUGAAUUCUCAAGGAGACUCUGAUGCCUCCACGACCUCUGCUCGACAUGUGUCCUCCUGCCUAGACGCCGCUUUACGGAGCUCACUCAAACCAAGGACACUUAUUAGUGGCAAUGGUCAUACGCUUUCAACGGAGUUUCCUGAGUUUUCGGAACGCUGCUUAUCUUUCCAGGAAUCAUCUGCACCUCCUCUGGACACAGUCAUACGGCAGCGCAUACAAACUUUCCCAAAGUGUCUGAUUUUGACCGACUCCGAGCCCUCAAGACCCACCUCCGCGUCUCGCGUGGACACAGUUCUUUGCAAUCGUGAUGAAUUGGAGACUCUCUGUCGUGUGGGAAAUCAGUAUGUACCACGUCAGCCACUGGGGCUCGGAAAUUCGGGCAACACAUGUUAUCUGAAUUCCGUCCUACAGUGCUUCCUCGCUACGGGACCGCUUGUGGCCUUCAUAAGCACACGACAUCAAAACCUCAGUGCAUGUAUUACUACCACCGGUCAAUUCGCGUCGGUAACAACCGGUGUGAGUAAAAAUCGCUUUUGUGGCUUGUGUGGCAUACUCCGGUUGCUCAAAGAACAUAACAAUUCAUCCCAAGUCCCGAACGGGGUGAAUUUCGGCUACUCUGCCUGUCGACAUGUCAUCCCAUCGUACUUUGUUGGGAACGUUCGCGCGAUUUGUCCCAACUUACGUCCAUAUCAACAAGAGGAUGCGCAUGAAUUCCUUCUUGGGCUUCUGUCGCGUAUGGAGGACAAUACAAUGGCCGGGUUUGGAAAGGUUUCUCGAGCCGUCGCUGAAACCAAUGUGAUUCGGCGGAUAUUUGGGGGAGUCGUUCGUUCCGAGGUCACGUGCCACAGUUGUCGAAAGGUAUCCGCUCGCGACGAACAGUGUUUCAAUCUCUCCAUGGAUAUCACAAACGGACGUAGUUUGCAGCAAUGCUUAUUUAACUACAUUCGCCAUGAGGAGUUGUGCGGCCAAAACGCCUACAAAUGUGAGAAUUGUCGACAGCUGCGUGCUGCAGUGCGACGGUCCACCAUUUUUCAAGGUGCGCCGAUUUUAAUUAUUCAGUUCAAUAGAUUCUCUAGAAACCACAAACUGGACCAUCGUGUCGAAUUCCCUUCGUCUUUCAACCUACGACCAUUUAUGACCGAUAACAAAGGACCUCCUGUACUCUAUCGGUUGUAUGCCACCGUUAACCACGAAGGCCAUAGUUGUCGAAGUGGCCAUUAUGUGGCCUUUACGCGGCGCAAUGGAACAUGGUAUUCACACAAUGACAGCUUUGUAAACUCCACCAAUCCGGAGCAUGUGCUCCGUCAGGCACCUUACUUACUCUUUUAUGAGGCUGUGAAUCCGACUCCUGCGCAUCGUCCCCAGCAAGCACAGAGUGAAGUUCCUUUGCUUACGACAACGGUAAAACCCGAUAAUGCACCGGUUACAAUCCCCGUCGAUCAAAUUCCCUUGCCUACUUCAAACCCGCCCGACUUAUCUUCCACAACCCUCACUGUCCACCGUCCAACUGCUGUUCCGACGACCUCUCCCAAGAACCCAGUACAGCCCAUUUCUUCCACACCCCGUAUAGUGUUCAAUCCAAAUCUCGUGCGCAUUCGGAAUGCCGCUCUCCAGCCUUCUCCAAGUGGGUCUUCCGCCUCCCAGGUCCCUAUCAACGGAUCGUUCUCCAAGUCGGCACCUCAACCAUCGCUUCCCUCCCCCAACAAACCUUCUGUUCGACAGCUUUUGUACGGCUCAAACGAAUCCACUGAACUCUGGACGGAGCGACCUACCCCGGUUUCGCAUCUUAGUUCGACUAACUACUCCUCUCCGAGUUCCGUAAAACACGACGAUUCGAGUACUACAAUGUUCCAUAGUUGCCUUUCCGGCAAACGAAAGCAUUCACCCGACAUAUCGUCAGAACGGGAAUCGAGUUCUCUCCAACGGGGUGAAUCCAUACUGACGGAUACUCACUACUUUUCUGCCAAUGCGGCCAGUUCCCGAUCACUGUCAUCCAAUUCGUCACCGACGAAUCUUGGAAAAAGAGCACGGACAUCCGCUGGAAGUAGCGAUUCGGAUUCCAGCAUUGUUUGGGUCCCUGUUACACACAAAGAUUUCUCUCGGAAGGCAGACAAUCACACUGUGAACAGCUCUGAACAUCUGGGAAAACGUAAAUCACAAAAAUCCGAUAAGGGACACAAUGGUUCCAACGAAUGGCGACACAAGGAUGGGCGUCGUCAUCACAGCCACCACCGUCAUCGUCGCAGAAAGCACCGCGAUUACCAGGACACCGGGGCCCCUCGUGUUCGUGGUCACGACAGAUUCCACAAACGAAAUUGGCAUCACCCCAGUUUUCAUCGAAUGUGAUCGCUUCAUCGAUGCUUGUCGUACAAAAUCGGUCGUCUUCAACUUUUGCUUGUGAUUACGGUACCACAUCUAUACAUCAUUGUUGCACCUAGGUACCAAUUAGAAUGUACAUAAAAUUUCCCAUUGUGUGAACUCUUCCCGGUUGCAUGCUAACCUAGUAAUGUUUACACAUUUUUGUACUCAAGGGGGCGCGAUAAAUACCCCGUUAUUUCUUCACCUGUUCAUUGGUCAGUUUUAUGUUUGUCUCUCGUCAGUUACUGAACUAUAAAACGCGGU